AUGAACGAGUCAGUUAGCAGCCCAAUCAAGGCCACAUGCAGGGACAUGGCCUUGAAAAGCAGCCUGCAUUCCUUCACCUUCAGUUUAAAGGAUUUCGACAUCGCAGGGUUCUUGGGUGAUGGAGCCCACGGCAGCGUCUUUCUGGCCUGCGAAAGGAGGACCAACUUCAUUUGCGUCCUGAAGUGCAUAUCGAAAUCGCACCUAGUGAAGAGCACACAGGAAGCCCUAUUGAGAAAAGAGAUAGAAUUACAGGCGCAUUUGAAACACCCUCACAUAGCAUGCAUGUAUACGUGGUUCCACACCUCCAGCCACGUCUUCUUCGUGAUGGAGUACUGCUCUAAUGGAGAUUUGUUCACCUACCUGAACGAACAUGGCCCGUUCGCCGAAAAGAAGGUGGCAGAAAUGUUAUUCGAAAUUAUAUGGGCAAUAAGGACAUGUCACGACAAAAGAAUCGCACACCUAGAUUUGAAGCCAGAGAAUGUACUAGUCAAUCAUGAGGAAAAGUGCAAACUUGCGGAUUUUGGAUUAUCUGCACAUAUAGGAUCGAAGCAUAAAAAGAAGGGAAUCUCCCAUUACAGAGGGACCCAUGAUUAUUGGUCCCCUGAACAAUGUGCAAGACAUCAAAAGAAGAAGCAGAAUUUUGGAGAAUUCGAUCAGAAGACAGAUAUUUGGACAUUAGGUAUAUUAGCAUUUGAACUGAAGUUUGGCAGACCACCAUUUGGAUCUACCAAUGAAGAGAGAGAAACAGUUAUCAUGAACAGGAUUCAGGAUUAUCACUGGAGUCAGUUAUUUUGCGAAAAAGUAAAACAGGAUUUAAUCGACAAAUUAUCUCCAGAAUUUAAGGACUUUUUAAAUUUGUGUUUAGAUAAGAACCCAAAGAAGAGACCUACAGCAGAAUCGCUAAUUCAGCAUCCGUUCAUUUUUGUUCAUAACAAGAGUAGGCCUUGCAUCAAAUCGUAUGCUACACAACCGAGGGGGAAACAGGGACCUAAGUUGAGUCACAAAGGGUUUAAUGAGCAGGACGGCUCCUUCCUCACACCCAUCUGGUUCCACAAUAAGGGGUAG